AACUAUCUAAGGAAAACACAGUGAGCAAACACCAAGAGCUGAGGGAAACCAUCUGAUUAGGGCAGCUCCGCUCAGGAGCACAACUGGCCCACGCACACCCUGCACAGGAGGAAGGUGCAACUAGACCUCGGGCAGCGGGUGGAGGGCGCGCGGGGCCGAGGCCAUGUCCACCACCACGUGCCAAGUGGUGGGCUUCCUCCUGUCCCUCCUGGGCCUGGCGGGGUGCAUCGCCGCCACGGGGAUGGACAUGUGGAGCACCCAGGACCUGUACGAUAACCCCGUCACCUCCGUGUUCCAGUACGAGGGGCUCUGGCGGAGCUGCGUGAGGCAGAGCUCAGGGUUCACCGAGUGCAGGCCCUACUUCACCAUCCUGGGCCUUCCAGCCAUGCUGCAGGCAGUGCGAGCCCUGAUGAUCGUGGGCAUUGUCCUGGGUGCCAUUGGCCUGCUGGUGUCCAUCUUCGCCCUGAAGUGCAUCCGCAUAGGCAGCAUGGAGGACUCUGCCAAAGCCAACAUGACACUGACCUCUGGGAUCAUGUUUAUCAUCUCAGGUCUCUGUGCAAUUGCUGGAGUAUCUGUGUUUGCCAACAUGCUGGUUACUAACUUCUGGAUGUCUACAGCGAACAUGUACACUGGGAUGGGUGGGAUGGUGCAGACUGUUCAGACCAGGUACACCUUUGGUUCGGCCCUGUUCGUGGGCUGGGUCGCUGGAGGCCUAACGCUAAUUGGGGGUGUGAUGAUGUGCAUUGCCUGCCGGGGCCUGGUGCCUGAGGAAACCACCUACAAAGCCGUGUCUUAUCAUGCCUCGGGCCACAACGUCGGCUACAAGCCGGGAGGCUUCAAGGCCAGCACUGGCUUUGGGCCCAACAGCAAAAACAAGAAGAUAUACGAUGGGGGUGCCCGCACAGAGGACGAGGUACAGUCUCAUCCUUCCAAGUACGACUAUGUAUAACUCCAAGACACCUCGGCAUGGGCAGAAGAACUCCCCCACCAAUUAGAGUGCACUCGAAAAACAAGGAGAUUUUACCUUGACUCCUGAUUGCUUUUGACUCACAGUUGGAAGUUAGAAAAACCUUGAUUUCAUCCAUGAAGAGGCUAGAUGGUCUGGGCCACAUGUCUCUGUCUCUAAUGCUCCAUCACAAAAACAGCCGAGUUAUCAGAUAUGAAUUAGAGGCUAUAGUUCACAGUUUCCAAUCCUCUAUUUUUUUUUUAAUUUAACCUUCCUCAUCUGAUGAUAGAAUGUGGUUUGAAUUCCUAUCAGACAAUAGCCCAUCAAUGAUCUAUUUCCCAACUCAUCCCCCAGAACAAUUCUGAAAGGAAAAAAGGAGAGUCGAUCAAAAGACAUCAUUUUCUGCUAUUUGAUUUUAACCUCCCCCACCAACCUGGCUACUAAUAAACACUGAUUGAAGAAGAA